AUGCUCGAUCCGGGGCUCGACUUUGAAGAGUUCAACAUAUCGGAAAACUGUCGCGAGCAGCUACGUCGCCUGGCCGAGUACGGUCCUCAACCGCUCGCCUUACCGACCAGUCUGGUUAUUCUCUGCUGUAUUCCAAUGGCUGUUAUCAUUCUUUUGACUGUAUUCGGCAAUCUACUCGUUUUAUUUUUCAAAGCUCGAGUUGGCCGGACAAACACGACACUUCUCGUGUGGAAUCUCGGCCUAACCGACUUCCUUGUCGGUGUUAUCGUUCUUCCGCUUGGCGCAUUCCAUCUCGCCUACCGAAAAUGGAUUUUUGGACGGUUUUUGUGCAGAGUAUGGGUGGCCGCUGACGUCACCUUCUGCACAUGUUCCGUAGUGACCAUCUGCGUGAUUUCGGUGGAUCGAUAUUUGGCCGUGACACGACCGUUACGCUACAAAUCUCUGGUCACGAAAACCAAAGUGAUACUUCGUUAUGAUAACAAUUUGGACAUUUUCUUCGUCUAUACUACUGACGACCGUUCGAUGGGAGCAGCCGCAGUGCUAUGA